AUCUAGGAAAGAUUCCUUUUUUAUUUAUAUUACGAGUAUUAUAUUAUAAGAGUUUACUUUUUUUAUUUACAUCUAGAUUAAAUUCUAAUUAUCACAACCGACCAAUAAACAAAAACCCAAACGAAUAAAACAUCUCUGCCGGAUCGGAAAACAUUCACCAGAGAGAGAUAUGAGUUCCGAUGAAGAAGUUGAAAGAACACCAAUAGCCCAGAGACCUGAAUGGGCUGACGUCACUCCGCUACCCCAAGAUGACGGCCCAAAUCCAGUUGUUCCGAUUGCAUACACUGAAGAAUUCGCAGAGAUAAUGGGCUACUUUCGAGCUGUUUAUUUAGCCGAUGAACGAUCUCAUCGCUCUUUGGAGCUUACGAAAGAAGCUAUUCUCUUCAAUCCUGGCAAUUACACUGUGUGGCAAUUCAGACGAUUAAUAAUUGAGGCUCUUAAUACUGAUUUGCAUGAGGAAUUAGAAUUGGUUGACCAUCUUGCUAGCGUAAACUCAAAAAAUUAUCAACUAUGGCACCAUAGGAGGUGGGUUGCUGAAAAAAUGGGUACAGAAGCUGCUGGUAAUGAACUAGAGUUCACCAAGAAUGUAUUUCUAAAGGAUGCCAAACAUUAUCAUGCGUGGUCGCAUAGACAGUGGAUUCUUCAAAAUUUUGGAGGCUGGGAAGCUGAACUUGCUUACUGUAAUGAACUCCUGGAAGAUGAUAUUUUCAACAAUUCGGCUUGGAAUCAGAGAUAUUUUGUCAUAACCAGACACCCGGGAUUAGGAGGCAUAGAGGCUAACAGAGAUUCAGAAGUUAAUUACACCAUGAAAGCCAUUUUAACCAGACCAGAUAACGAAAGCCCAUGGAGAUACCUUCGGGGCCUUUACAAAAAUGAUAUGCAGUCGUUAGUAACGAAUCCCCAAAUCUCGACACUUUGCCUGAACGUCUUGAUAUCCAAAGUCAACCCCGUGUUUGCUCUUAGCUUGCUGUUGGAUCUUAUCUCCCAUGGUUUUGAACCAAACCAAGAUCUUAAACAUGCCAUAGAAGCUCUGGUUCCUGGGUCAAACGUUCAAGAGUCAGAUAUUUUACUAACAGUUUGUUCGGUUUUAGAGAUUAUCGACCCAAUGAGGGCAAAUUAUUGGAGGUGGAGAAAAAGUAGUCUUCAUUCUCAAGUUGCAGAGGGUGUUAGAAGCCUUCAUAUCCAUUGAAGCACAUAUUGUGUUUUGUCUUUUCGGUUUUUUUCUUUUUCUUUUCGCGUCAAGUUAACAAGUUGUGUCUUAUACUUGAUGUAAACCAUUUGAUACACAAAGGUAAAUUGUGUUUGUCUGUCUUUAUUGUAAUGUAAACCCUAUUUAUUAUUUAUAAUGAUCUAAAUGAAUAAUAUAUGUAUUCUUCUUGAAA